AUGUUUUCGGAUCUCAAUACUCGAUUCGAAUUACUAGUCGAAUCUAUACCCGCCGAUGUUCAUAUGGCGCCAGGGACCAGUUUCAGUGAAGAUAUCGAACGCAUCUUGCUACAAAGAUCGGAACAAGUUCGAACACUGCAUAUCUCGGAUUAUGGAAUAUGGUAUCGUUUUCUGCCAGCUAUUGAAACGUUUUAUCAGUUAAAAUCGUUGACACUGACGGGAGAUGGCUUAUAUUUGCCUCGUAUGGUGUCGAAAUUGAAGUUUUAUCCUCUAUUAUCUAGCCUGAAACUAUUAUUACGAGAAAAUGCUUGUGAGAGUCCAUCAACGAGACAAAGAUUACAUGAGAUCAUUAUUCAAACAAAAACAAUUCAAAAACUCGAUAUCGAAUGGUUUCGUACGAUUGCAUCAUAUGAGAUGUUUGAACCUCCCACCAUUGUUUCCAUGCACCUUCACUAUUGCCAGUUUAUUGAACUAGACAAACUAUUCUUGUCGCGUAUUCCAGAUAUUCGUCAGCUAACCAUUCUCAUGGGUUGCUCACCACGACUGUCAUCGACAGCUGAACAUAUCAACUGCUUAAAACUCCACGGAGAAGCAUUGGAAUUUUCCUUUAUUGAGCAUUUGAUAAUGCAGUUAUCGGCAUUACGAGAGUUCUUAUGUAAUAUUGAGCGUGGUUCUCCAAGGAUACUGAUGCCGCAAUGGUACAUUGAUGGGUGUCGUUGCGCAAAAAUGCUAUCUCAGAUACCCAAUUUCCAUCUGAUAUUACCCAUUGAUGGUAAAACAGACAAUCAACUAUACAAAGAAUUUCAAAAUGAGUUUCGGCAAGAACGUCACGUCACAGUCUCUUACUAUCAUCCAUCACGUGUUGUCAUAGCUACAGAGAAAUAUGCAAACAAAAAUCCAGACCAUAUAGUGUUUUAA